AUGGAAAACUCAAAUCGCAGAUAUCGGGAAGAUGAUCGUGUCCGAGACUCAAGAUCUCGAUCGCCCCGAAGACAUCGCCCAGAUUCCGAACGAACACGAUCUCCUCAUCGACGUCACCACAAGCGCAAACAGCCGCACGAUGCUUCCCCAGCCGUCGAGCUCCCUUACAAUUCUCGUCCAUUGACGAAGAGAGAUUAUGCGACUUUCAAACCCAUGUUUGCUUUAUAUCUCGAUAUCCAGAAGGGCAAGUUCUUAGAAGACAUAGACGAGAUAGAGGCGCGGGGACGGUGGAAGAGCUUCAUUGGUAAAUGGAAUCGUGGAGAACUCGCUGAAGGAUGGUACGAUCCUGCCACACUACAAAAAGCUAUACAAUCUAGUCAAGCUUCCGAAGCCGAUCCAGAGAUCCGAGAACCGAAAUCCUAUAGUGCGGGUUGCAGGGAAUCUGCGGAAAGACCUAAAGACGAUCAAGAUGGAGGAGAUAGUGAUAGUGAUGAUUCCAUUGGGCCAACAUUACCAGGACAAGAGAGCAAGUCACGAAGGGGUAGAGUCGGACCGAGCAUACCAAACAUGCAGGACUUAGAGCUCAAGAGGGAAAUGAAUGUUGAGGAUAGCCUUGCACGCCGAGAAGACAUCCGAUUUGCCCGCAAAGUCGAUCGCAAAGAACAAAAAGCUGCUCUCGACGAACUAGUCCCUAGAGCCGAUGCAGGAACAAGGGAGCGCCAACUCGAAAAGAAAAAGGAGAUCAACGAGAAGAUGAAAGGUUUUAGAGAAAAAUCCCCUGGAGCUGCUGAGGUUCCGGACUCCGAAUUAAUGGGCGGAGGUGAGGGAAUAGAGGGGUUUAAGAAGGAGAAGCAGGAAUUUGAGAGGAAGAAGAAUGAGAGAGAGUUGAGGAAAGAGGAAAUUUUGAGGGCCAGAAUGGCUGAGAGGGAAGAGAGGUUGCAGGAAUAUAGGGCGAAAGAAGAGGGGACGAUGGCUAUGUUGAAGGCUCUGGCUAAACAGAACUUCGGAUAG